UUCGAGCAACAGUUGAAAGGCAGCUGCCAGAGAAUUUGCAAGAUGUCCGCGAGCAAAGCUUCGUAUGUCAAAAAUAACAACGGAACCCAAGUCCAGUCAAUUGGCUUAGGCACGUACACGUCGCUGGGUGGGGAUUGUGAGAGGGCAACAUUACAUGCAAUUGACGUCGGCUACCGGCAUAUAGACACCGCCUAUUUCUACGAGAACGAGGGUGAGGUGGGGAAGGCGGUACAGCAGAAGAUAGCCGAAGGCGUCAUCCAGCGCAAGGACAUCUUCAUAACCACCAAGCUUUGGUGCCACUUCCAUGAGCCGGAGAAAGUGGAAUACGCCUGCCGUAAGACGCUGCAAAACUUUGGACUAGACUAUGUGGAUCUCUACCUAAUGCACUGGCCCUACUCCUAUGUCUAUCGCGGCGAUAAUGAGAUGAUGCCCACCGAUGCCAAAGGCGAGGUGGAGCUCAGCGAUGUCGAUUACCUGGACACCUGGCGUGCUAUGGAAAAGCUCGUGGAGCUGGGCCUGACCAAAGGCAUUGGCGUUUCCAAUUUCAAUUCCGAGCAGCUGACUCGCCUCUUAGCUAACUGCAAAAUCAAGCCGAUACAUAAUCAGAUCGAAUGUCACCCGGCCCUCAAUCAGAAGCCACUGAUUGCGUUAUGUAAGCAACACAAUAUUGUAGUCACCGCCUACUGUCCGCUGGGCAGGCCAGAUCCUGCCAAGAAGCAACCAAGCUUCAUAUACGAUGCCAAGGUGCAGGCCAUCGCCGAUAAAUACAAAAAGUCCACGGCGCAGAUAGUGCUCCGUUAUCUGAUCGAGAUCGGAACUGUGCCUCUGCCCAAGUCUUCUAAUCCGAAGCGCAUUGAGGAAAAUUUCAAUAUUUUCGAUUUCAAACUUACUGCAGCGGAUCAUGCAGUACUGGACACUUAUAAUACAGGAGAGCGUCUUAUUAAAAUGGAACAUGCUAUUAAAAGCAAAAAUUAUCCAUUUAAUAUUCCUUAUUAAAUAAUUUUUUUAUUUUGAA